UUGUUUUCAUCGCAUUUGGUGGUCGGCAGCGGACGAUUUUUUGCUGCUCGCGAGGCCAGCAUAUUAAUUAAAAUGCAAUAAAAUGUUCUCAAACCAAUUCGGUUGAUAGCGCGAACCACAACAUAGCACCGCGCGAUAGGUCUAUAAUCGGAUUUCCUCAUCUGCGAGUUGCGAAAGCCAGAGUUCGGAAGCCAAAAACAAAACGCGAGUGGAAAUUUCGAUUUUUGUAUUGUUUGUUGCCAUGCAUGAAACGCUUGUGCAAAAUGGGCAUCAGUAGACUUUACCGAUGAUGAGUAUUGGCGAUGUAUUUAGGCGAGAAAUAUAAUUAAUUUAUUUGUUUAUUUGAGCGUGCAGCGGCUUGCCAAAUUCGUCGCUCUCUUUCUGCUGUUUCGACUCUCUUCUUUACGCGCCUUUCAUUCAGUCGCGCUCGUGUGUGUGGGUGUGCGUGUACGAGUGACGUAAACAAAUGCACAAAAGCGAAAGAGUGCAAGAAUUUGAAAAAUGCGAUUGUAGAUUCACGUGCCAAAAAAUAAAAGAAAACAAAAGAAAAGAGGGCAACGAAAACAACUCAAGCAGCAACAAAUUGACAACAGUAUAUUGUUUUCGGAUCUCUGUUUUGUGCCCCGUAUUCGUUGCAUUUUCCUGGCUCAGCUGUGCAAUUUCGCCUUGGUGUUAGUGAGCGCAACACGUUUGUGUGCGAGUGGGAGAGAGCGAGCGAGUGAGCGAGAGAGAGUGUAACUCCUCUGCCAGCGUCGCUGCCUCAGUCGGCGUCGGCAGCGUGCGUCAUUGAUGCGACAGAUAAGAAGACGCCCCACUGGAAUGAAUGGCAGUCAAUGGCUGAUUGUGAGUGGACAGUCUGGAACUGGGUCUCUUCCGUCUUUAUAUGACUGAUAAUGGCCGUCUGCCCUGUCCGAAACAACAAUUGCAACAUCAGUGCGCCACAAUGGCCAAACAAAAUGAAUAUUUGAAAAUUUGGAAACAUAUCAAGUGGCGAAAUGAAAAGUAAACAAAGCGAAAAGAAUAUUAUAAAAACGAGAUUUAUGCGAAAGAACGUAAAAAAUAUACAUAUUUAUAGAAUAAACUGGACAACUGAAAAUAAACAUUCAUGCAACGGAAUCGAAGUGCCAUAGUGAAAAGCGAGUGUUUGCAAUUUGUUCGCUCUGUUUAGUCAAUAUAGAAAUCGAAGGACAUAUCGCCAAUUAAAUAGAUAUAUAGAGUACCACCGAGCAGCGAGGCAGAGCGGCGACAAUAUGACAAUAUCGGGAAGCAUUCAACAUAAUAACAAUGCAAAUCGCAAAUAUGAAAAACUCAUUAAGCAGCCGCAGAUGCAAUUUGGAACGUCCGUGACCGGAACGCAAACGGAUGUGGAUUCCAGCCGAGUUGCGGAUGCGAAUGUCGUCGGCCAGGACUUUAGCAAUUUCAAUAAGCAUUUCGGCAAUGGUCAUGUCAUCACAGAUCGCACAAUGCUGCUGCCUUUGGAGGACGAUGUUGCCAACGCCGCCGGCAUUGUCACGUACAAGGGUAAAUCGAAUGGGAACGCGAAUGGGAACGUCAAUGGCAACGGGAGUAUCAGCCUGGAGUUCGACGGCAGUCCUACCUCAUCAACGUCAAUUGGCAUGGCCGGCAGUAGCAGCACCCACCUGGCUGGCGGAGGACUCGGUGGCAACGAGCCAUCGGGUUGGAUGUGCCAUUGCUGUAAUUUAAUUGCACGUCGCUGCUUUGGCAUCAACGUGCGACGCUGUGUCUUUGCGCUCCUGGCCAUUACGGUGGUUAGCAUUUUCUACUACACGCAUUAUGUCGAUACGGGCGUGUUCAAUGGUCUCAUCCAACGUGACACUCAUCCCGCUCCCAUCAUCAACUGCCGCAUGAUCAACUCGGGCGGCAAGCACAUCCGGGAUGCCUCACCAGCUCCCGACCAUCGUUCCGAGGCUCGAUUGCGGAUCGAUCCCAAGGUCCUCGUUUUCGUGGAGACCACAUAUUCCGGACUGGGCAGGGACAUUGCCGAGCUGCUCGUCUACAAUCGGAUCAAAUACAAAAUCGAGGUGGCGGGCAAGAGCCUACCGGUUCUCACAAAUCUGGAUAAAGGCCGCUAUGGAGUGAUUGUAUUUGAGAACCUAGACAAGUACCUCAAUAUGGACAAGUGGAAUCGGGAGCUGCUGGACAAAUAUUGCCGGGAGUAUUCAGUGGGAAUUGUUGGUUUUGUCAGUCCCAGCGAGGAAACCUUAGUGGGCGCACAGCUCCGUGACUUUCCUCUGUUUGUGAACACGAAUUUGAGACUGAGGGAUGCCAGCUUGAAUCCUUCGUCAUCAGUGCUUCGAUUAACUCGGGCAGGUGAAACGGCUUGGGGGGCUUUACCUGGAGAUGAUUGGGCUGUUUUCCAGCACAAUCACAGUACGUAUGAGCCAGUGGAGUGGGCGCAACGAAACACCCAAGAAUAUCCAGCGGAUAGUGUGGGUCAGGUGCAGCUUCCCUUAACUACUGUUCUCCAAGAUCGAGGACAGUUCGAUGGAAUACAAAGAGUGCUCUUCGGCAGCAGUUUGCGGUUUUGGCUUCAUCGCUUGGUCUUCCUGGAUGCUCUGAGCUAUCUAAGUCAUGGUCAACUAAGUCUGAAUCUGGAGCGCAUGAUUCUCGUGGAUAUAGAUGAUAUAUUCGUGGGAGAAAAGGGCACAAGGCUGCGACCAGAUGAUGUUAGAGCACUAAUAGCCACACAGAAAAAUAUAGCAGCCAUGGUUCCUGGCUUCCGGUUUAAUCUGGGAUUCUCAGGAAAGUACUACCAUCAUGGCACGAGGGAGGAAAACCUGGGAGAUGAUUUCCUUCUCCAGAACGUGCAAGAGUUCAACUGGUUCUCGCACAUGUGGAAGCAUCAGCAGCCGCAUUUGUAUGAGAACCUAACCCUCCUGAUGGCAGAAAUGCACUUAAACUACGCCUUUGCCGUGGAUCACAAUAUACCCACGGAUUCGGGUUACUCCAUAUCACCACAUCAUUCGGGUGUGUAUCCCGCCCAUGAGUUACUGUAUUUAGCAUGGAAGAAAGUGUGGAACGUGAAGGUUACGUCCACGGAAGAGUAUCCUCACUUGAGACCCGCUCGUUUGAGAAGAGGAUUCAUUCAUCGCAAUAUAAUGGUGUUGCCGAGGCAAACGUGUGGCUUAUUCACACACACCAUGUACAUUGAUCGCUAUCCGGGUGGUAGAGAUAAACUGGAUGAGUCUAUACAGGGCGGUGAACUCUUCCAGACUAUAGUGUAUAACCCCAUCAACAUCUUCAUGACGCACAUGUCCAACUACGGAUCGGAUCGUCUGGCCCUGUACACAUUCCAAUCGGUGAUCAAGUUCCUGCAAUGCUGGACCAAUAUCAAGUUGGCCUCGGCUCCACCCGUUCAGCUGGCCGAGAUGUACUUCCGGCUGCAUCCCGAGGAGGUGGAUCCCGUGUGGGGUAAUCCCUGUGACGAUGUGCGGCACAAGAAGAUCUGGUCGAAGACCAAGAACUGCGAAUCGCUGCCAAAGUUUCUGGUCAUUGGUCCGCAGAAAACGGGCACUACUGCUUUGUAUACAUUCCUAUCCAUGCACGGCAGUAUUGCGAGUAAUAUCGCCAGUCCGGAAACCUUCGAGGAAGUGCAGUUCUUCAAUGGGAAUAAUUACUAUCGGGGACUGGACUGGUACAUGGACUUCUUCCCCUCGGAAACGAUGCCGAAUUCGAGUUCUCCGAUGCCCACGCAACUGGGAUCGCCACGCUUUAUGUUCGAAAAGAGUGCUACUUAUUUCGAUGGCGAGGCUGUGCCAAAGAGAACUCACGCCCUGCUUCCUCAUGCCAAGAUUGUGACGAUUCUGAUAUCUCCGGCAAAGAGGGCCUACUCCUGGUACCAACAUCAACGAUCCCACGGAGAUGUUAUAGCCAAUAACUACAGUUUCUAUCAGGUCAUAACGGCAAGUGACUCGGCACCGAGGGCGCUGAAGGAUCUGCGCAACCGUUGCCUAAAUCCCGGCAAGUACGCCCAGCACUUGGAGCACUGGCUGGCCUACUAUCCCGCCCAGCAGCUGCACAUCAUCGACGGCGAGCAGUUGCGCCUGAACCCCAUCGAUGUGAUGAACGAGCUGCAGCGCUUCCUGAAAAUCCAGCCGCUGCUCGAUUAUUCAAAUCACCUGCGAUACGACGUGAAGAAGGGCUUCUACUGCCAGGCCGUCAGCGAGAAGCGCAAUAAAUGCCUCGGAAAGUCCAAGGGCCGUCAGUAUCCGACGAUGGAUGAGCGCAGUGCCAAGCUGUUGCAGCGAUACUAUCUGAAUCACAAUACGGCGCUGGUGAAGUUGCUCAAAAAGCUCGGCUCGCGGCCAAUACCGCAGUGGCUCAAAGACGACCUGUCCACGGGCACGUGAUAGCAGCUGUUCGGAGGAGCUGGCGGCGGCAUAGGAGGCAUUAAGUAUCGCAAAUUGCGGGCAAAACUCAGGAAACAGUUGCAUUGGCUGCAUCUGGCGGCCGAAAAUGUUGAAAGCGCUCAGCACCGACGACGUCACAACUGACAGGACGAAAAUGAGGCGGAAAUUCAAAGGAAAAACUAUCAGACCUGUUCUAAUUUUCACUUUCGGCGAGCUUUUGCGAAUGCAUGUUUUAUGAGUCAUAUAUCUAACGUCUGAUUUUGCCUAAUUUAAUAUAAAAAUGCACUGAAUAUAUGAGAUCAUAUUGUUUAAUUAUUGCAAAAUGUUUAAUUGUGAAAGUAAAAUAUUUUUGAUUUCUAAAUUUGUCAAUAUGUCUUGAACUCAUGUCGAUUUCAUUUUUAAAAAUCAUUUAAAUUUACAAUUAUUAAGGCAAUUUAAACUUCCUUUCCCUAUUUGAAUUAAUUAAAUCACGUUUUUAAAACCAAAAUUAAUUGGAGAGCAGUUUCGCAAGCUCUUGCCUAAAGUGGAUAGCAAAAAAGGCCCUGCUCACAAACAGCUUAAAAACAGCUGCUGUAGAAAAAAGAUAAAUUAAGAAGGAAAAAAUAACAUAAUUAGUCGCUUUUAACAUGCAUAAAUCUUUUUUGUUUGUUGCUAUUGCAGCUAAUUAAUGGAACUGCAGUUGUCAGCUGAAGUUGUACAGUGUAUGAGUGCGUAUCUGUGUGUUUAUCUGCGAACGUUGUGUAAAUAGGCGUGUGUGUGGAUGCUUGCGCAUUAUAAAUUAUCAUAAAUAAUAUCAUGAGGCAUCAUGAAUAAAUGCAUAAAUGCGCUUUGUUAGUUGUUUAAUGUUUAUUAGUUGAUAAUAGCGAAUUAAGCGCCUAAUUAAGUUUACGCAUAAUCCAGCACUUUCGUUAUUACCUCAGACACCGAUUCAGCUCUCCGCAUCCUAAAGACUUGAUCAAAUAACUUUUGACAACUCUAGAACACAUAACUACUACUACCCACAUGGCAGCUGCGAAAACUCCUGUGUACUUUAAGCAUUUUAAAUCCAUGCCAAAAGUGUAAGUUCGUUCCAGCAGUUAACGAGUGCUAUACAAAACACAUAUGUAUAUCGGAAUAGUACGUUAAGCAUAAGGCUGCCUCUAUCCCCUAAGUGUAUUAUAGAUGUUUUUAGCCUAAGCCUAGUGAGUAGACUUAAAAUGCGCUUGUCACAGGCCUCGAUGUAAAACUGUAAAACUCUAGUUGUAUUUUUAACGCAGCACUAAGCAAAGCUCUAUUGUAUAGUUGGAUAUAUGCGUAAAUGUAUGAGAACUAGUUCAAGUUUAGAUUGGUAAUGCGACAAUAAUAAAAGCGAAAAUUAUUGCAAGUGUAAAAUA